AUGCUGCUCCUGUUGCUGCUGCUCUUCGAAGGAUGUCUCCAGUGUGGAGCAAGCCUAGAUGCACCCCAGGUCCCAGGACCCCCUGAUCCAGACACAGAAGAGGCCCUCUCCUUCCGCAUCCUCCACACCUCCUCGUUUGCCAACAGCAGCUGGGCGUCCUCGGAAGGUUCGGGCUGGCUGGGCGAUCUGCAGACUCAUGGCUGGGACAAGGUCCUGGGCACCAUCAGCUUCCUGCGGCCCUGGUCCCAGGGGAAUUUCAGCUCCGAGGAUCUGAAGACCCUGAAAAAUCUGUUCCUACUCUACUUCCACGGCUUCGUCAUCGAGGUGCAGGCCUUUGCGCACCAGUUUCAGUUUGAAUACCCCUUCGAGCUCCAGGUGUCAGCUGGCUGUACAGAACAUGCUGGGAAGGCCUCAGGAAGCUUCCUGAAUGGGGCUUAUCAAGGCUCAGAUUUUCUGAGUUUCCAAGGAAACUCCUGGCAGCCAUCUCCAGGAGCUGGAAGUCGGGCUCAGAAGGUCUGUGCGGUGCUCAACAACUACCUAGAUAUUAAGGAAAUUGUGCAGACCCUUCUCAGCCACACCUGCCCUCAGUUUCUGGCAGGAAUCCUUGAAGCAGGGAAGUCAGAACUGGAACGACAAGUGAAGCCUGAGGCUUGGGUGUCUAAAGGCCCCAGUCCUGGUCCUGGCCGUCUGCUGCUGGUGUGCCACGUCUCCGGCUUCCACCCAAAGCCUGUGUGGGUGAUGUGGAUGCGGGGUGAGCAGGAGCAGCGGGGCACCCAGCGAGGCGACGUCCUGCCCCAUGCUGAUGAGACGUGGUAUCUCCGAGUGACGCUGGACGUGGCGGCCCGGGAGGCAGCCGGCCUGUCCUGCCGAGUGAAGCACAGCAGUCUGGGAGGCCAGGACAUAAUCAUCCACUGGGGUGGAAACUCAGUCCUGCUGACACUGCUCUGUCUGGUGGUGAUAAUUACCCUGCUCCUGCUACUUGUAGGGCACUCCUGCUUUAAAAAGCACAGCUCAAAUUGGAAGGCCCUGGCGCCCCCUGCCCCCAGUCCUGACUCCCCCAUAGGGACCGACGCCCAGGGACCCAGGACUCCUGGACACCAGCUCUACAUGCCACAGGAAUCGUGGAUCAAGAAUAGAUUUUUAGAGAAAUGGAAAACAAGCUUAAACCAACUCUGGCAACAUUAG